AUGAAUUUAAAGGUUCAACCUAAGUUCUAUCCCUACCAAAUUGGUGUUAACGUGAAGUGGGAAGAUUUUCGUCUCUUGGUGACCAAAGAAACAAGCAUGGCUCAGGCUUCUUUUAUUUGCCUUCUCCUCAGUUUUUUCAUCAUAAUCCUUUCUAAUGCAGCUGAUAUAAACAUAGACUGUGGAUCAUCAAGCUCGCACGUUGAUGCUGACAACAGAACGUGGGUGGGAGACACGGAAUUUGUAACCACCGGUUUGACGUCCACAUUUAAACCAAUAGUCACAACCGCUGAAUCUCUAACCACGCUCCGGUAUUUUCCUACGGGGGAGACAAACUGUUACUCCAACAUUCCGGUCGAUAAAGGUAGGAAAGUAUUAGUUCGGACGAGAUUCAACUAUGGGAACUACGACGGAGAGAACAAGGCUCCCAAGUUUGAUGUCCUGUACGAUGGGAAGCAUCGAGAUUCGGUCGUCACGGUGACGUCGAUCAGCGGUACACGAUCAGAGGCUAUAUUUGUUCCUGAGAGCGGGAAUACUAGUGUAUGCUUUUUCCGUAUGUUUUUGAACGAAAACCCUUUUGUGUCUACCAUUGAAGUACGGAGGCUGGACGACUCCAUGUACACCGAUCUUGGUGCUAAGGAAGGUUUCAUCCUCCAGCAACGAACCGCCUACGGUAGGGUACAGGAUUUAGUAAGGUCCCCGUUUGAUCCUUACGAUAGAAUUUGGGCGCCAACACCACUUUCGACCGUAACUCUAACAAGUGCUGCCACUUCUAUCAACACUUCAGGGGCUGACAAUCGACCACCUGAGAUUGUCCUUCGGACCGCUUGGUCUCGGGAGGACAUGGCUUUCUAUGAUAUAAAACUACCUUUUUCGGGAGUAACAUUUUACAUUGUCCUUUACUUCUCGGAACCACUGACCCUUGCUUCCGACCAAAAGCGGACUUUCUACGUUAACUACGAUAACAAACAAGUGGGUCCAGGUGUAAUUGCGCCACCUUUCGGGGCAGUGACUCAAGCUUCUCUGAGGGCUGUCGUGACGACAAGUCUUCCCUAUCUAACAUUUAAAGCUAAACCAGACUCGACUUUGGACCCACUCAUCAAUGCUCUCGAGCUUUAUGUUAUUAGCAAUAGUGCUGGAAACGGGACAAAUUCAACUAGCAGCGGCAGUGGAGGUAGUCCUAGCACUGGUGGUGGUGGCGGCGGCAGUCAUAGCACUGGCGAUGGUGGUGGAAGCCCUACCACUGGCGGUGGUGGGGAAAGCCCUAGCACUGGCGGUGAUGGUGGCAGCUCAGGCUCCGGUGGUGGUGGAGGCAAAUCCGAUUCUUCAGGGGAGAAAAGCGGCAACUUAGUUGUGUCUCUUAGUAUUUCAAUUCCGUCGUUAGCUGUUCUUGGAACUGGUGGUUGGUUCGCAUAUAAAUUUUUCUUCAAAGCCAAGCGCAGUCCCGAAUCAGAAAGGCCACUUACCACCACCAUCAAUCAUCAUCAUUAUGGGAGUGAACAGACGGUCAUCGCACCGAAUGCAGACACCGUAACACAGAUACAGAAUGCAAAGUGAUCACUUACGAAUCCGACUUCAAUCAUCACCCUCCAAUCUAUUAUGUUACUAUUCUGUCUCUUUGAUUAUUUGUUGUUGUCGCUUACUAUUUUGGUCUUUCCAUCAUCAUUUGAUUCAGAC